CUUUUUUUUUUCAUUCAACGGGCAAAGGUUUUCUCAAUUUCUCUCACUAGCAACUCUUAAGAUUAUUAUUUUUUGCUUUUGUGGUUCAAAGGGUUCGAUCUUCGAUGAGUUUUAGCUGAUUUUCUUGUCAUUUUUCUGCUAAUUUGAGGUUAUGGUAAGAGGAAGAUGGAUGAAUUGAAGGUAGAGGAGUGCUGUACUGAGAAUAAGCAAUCAGCUGCUGCUUCGAGUUCGUCGGUUUCUGAAAAUAGUGGUAGUGUUACUUUAAGGUCACCAGCAGUAUCUAGCCCAACCCCUGCAUCACCAACUCACAGGAGAACCACUGGUCCAAUAAGGCGAGCAAAGGGUGGUUGGACUCCUGAGGAGGAUGAUACUUUGAAAAGGGCUGUUUCAGUUUACAGAGGGAAAUGUUGGAAGAAAAUAGCUGAGUUCUUCCCGGAUAGAUCAGAAGUGCAAUGUCUGCAUCGCUGGCAGAAGGUCAUCAAUCCAGAACUUGUUAAAGGACCCUGGACUCGGGAGGAGGAUGAUAAGAUCAUUGAACUGGUCGCUAAGUAUGGGCCUAUAAAAUGGUCUGUCAUAGCUAAAUCAUUGACUGGUCGAAUAGGGAAGCAAUGUCGUGAGAGAUGGCACAAUCAUUUGAAUCCCAAUAUCAAAAAAGAUGCUUGGACACUAGAGGAGGAACGGGCACUUAUAGAUGCUCAUCGGAUCCAUGGUAACAAGUGGGCUGAAAUUGCUAAAGUUCUACCGGGAAGGACUGAUAAUGGUAUCAAGAAUCAUUGGAACAGCUCCUUGAAGAAAAAGUUGGACUUUUAUGUAGCUACUGGAAACCUUCCACCUGCUACUGGAACAGCUAAAGCUGAAGAGUUGCUAGUUUGGUCAAAUAAAACAUCAGAAGGAGCUGAAGUAGUUUCAUCAGGAACUACAGAUACAUGUAAAAUAGAAAAUGGAUGGCAGGUGGCAGAAAUCAGUGCUUCCAAUGGUGGUCCUCAAACUGAGCCCACUGAUUCUGAAGUCGUCAGGUUGGAAUCUCAAUCACCAGAAGAAGAUGCUAUUCAACACAUGAAACCAAGUACAGAACCAGAAAACAGGUAUGAAGGAUGGAGCAUAGAUAGUGCAGUAGGUCGAUUACAAGUUUUUGAACCACCAUUUCCUCGUGAAAUCCCUACAUGUGGUAUGUUAUGCUAUGAACCACCAAGGUCAGAAAGUUGUAUUCCACUGGACUCAGAUCUUCUAAAUAUCUGCUGGGCACAAUGUGAAUCUGAUGCAAGUCCAAGUCCAUCACCAAAUGGUUUCUUCACUCCACCUAGUACAAAGGGCCAUAGUCUAUGUGCACAAACUCCUGAAUCUGUACUGAGAAUUGCUGCUAGAAGCUUCCCAAAUACGCCUUCGAUAUUAAGGAAAAGAAAGACUCAAGGUGAACUUUCGACGCCAACUAAUAAAAUGGAUAAGUCAGAUGGAGAUUUCUGUAAGGAAAAACCUAUUGAUGCGCGUGACGAGAUCCAAUAUGGCAGCUCAGACAAAUCUAGCAUGCAUAAUGGAGUUUCUUCAAGAAAUACUUUCAAUGGUGGUCUGUACAACAGUCAAGCAUUUAAUGCCUCUCCUCCCUAUCGAUUAAGGUCUAAACGGACAUCUAUCUUUAAGUCUGUGGAGAAGCAGCUUCAGUUUGCACUCAACAAAGAGAAGCAUGAUACAAGUAAUGGGUUCAGUGAUUCAACUGUUAAUGAGAUAUCACAUGCAGCCAAAGAUUGUUCACAGUAUACAGAUAACAAGGUGGAAUAAGUGCUGAAUGCUUGCAAUUUCUAACAGUGGCUGGUAAGACCCAUGGGAUGGAGGUUCAGAAGCAAUCAGUAAUGGUCAGAAGAAUUUUAGUUACCUCUUGAAACGUCGAAGGACUCGAUCUUCCAGAUACAGUUUUGUCAAUUGUUAGGUGUACAAAGAUUUCAGGUUAUUGGCUAUUGGUUGUUCGUAGAUGUUACAGGCGAUUUUCCUUAUACGUUGAAAGAUAUUUGAAGCUGCAAUUGAUUUGUACAGAACAGCUUGAAAGAAGUCUUUGGAAUAGGUUUACAUUGAAAUAAGUUGCUUAAUAAGAGCACUUAUCUGUUAUAUCAUA